AUGACUGAUACGUUUUAUCUCCAAGAGGGCCUGGAGGAAUUCGAAGAUGAUGAUAUAGAUUCCCGUCACAUGCAGCAAGACGAAGAUGGUGUAGAGGAAGACGAUGAAAUCACCCCUGAUCUUUGGCAAGAAGCCUGUUGGAUAGUUAUCAGUAGUUAUUUUGAUGAAAAGGGUCUUGUGCGUCAACAAUUAGACUCAUUUGAUGAAUUUAUAAUGACUUCUCUGCAAAAGAUAGUCGAAGAAUCCCCUGUAAUUGAGUUGAGAGCAGAGGCUCAGCAUCUGAGUGGAAUCGUGGACAUUCCCGCACAAUAUUUUUUAAAAUUUGGCCAAAUAUAUUUAAGUAAGGCAACACAUUGGGAAAGUGAUGGCUAUUCUGCACCUAUGAUGCCGAACGAUGCUCGCUUGCGUAACCUAACUUAUGCGGCUCCUCUUUACGUCGAUGUGACAAAGAAAACGGACAAGAGAGGGGCUUUAAAAGAAGAGACAAUAGAAAAAUUAUUUAUAGGAAAAAUUCCAAUCAUGUUGCGGUCGAGGUAUUGCCUUUUAGCUCUGAUGAGCGACCGUGAUCUCUCUGAACUUAAUGAGUGCCCUCUUGAUCCAGGGGGCUAUUUUAUUAUUAAUGGUUCGGAAAAAGUACUAAUUGCCCAGGAAAAAAUGGCAACAAAUACCGUCUAUGUCUUCCAGCAGAAGGACAGUAAAUAUGCUUAUAAAACGGAAAUCAGGUCUUGUCUCGAACACAGUUCACGACCUGCGAGCACUUUGUGGGUUAAUAUGAUGGCACGGGGGGGCCAAAGUGGUACUAAAGGAGCCACUAUCGGUCAAAGAAUUGUAGCUAUUCUUCCUUACAUCAAACAAGAGAUCCCUGUUUUGGUCGUAUUUAGAGCACUCGGAUUUGUAGCAGAUAGAGACAUCUUAGAGCAUAUAAUAUAUGACUUUGACGAUUCUGAAAUGCGAGAAAUGAUCAAGCCUUCUUUGGAUGAUGCCUUCGUCAUUCAGGAGCAAAAGGUCGCGCUUAACUUCAUUGGUUCUCGAGGUGCUCGCCCCGGG